GGCCAAGGACUGCACAGCUCAUCCUGUCACCGUGUGGAACCCACAGUGCCCCACGGAAGUAACCGAUAGGUUGCGUCGCCGUGGACAGCCCGAACGCGGGCCACGCCCGUGUGCCUUCCCCCCUGACCCCAGGACACCCUGAUCCCCAGGACCAAAAACAAGAGCAACAGCACGCCGCACCUCCCCCGCGCCAUCGCGGCGGCGGCGCCGGCAGAGAACAUGCUCGGCUUCCUCAUCGACGCGCACGAGAAGCGCCCGGGCGUCGAGCACGAGCUGAUACGGGAGGCGCGAGACCGGGAGCGCUGGCUCAUCUUCUUCCUCGUCUGCGCGGGCUACGCCGUCCUCCAGACGGCGGCGCGCUUCCCCGACGAGUUCGACGCGCUCACGUCGUUCCCGGCGUCGGAGCGCCAGUACUACAAAGCCUUGGCCUGGGCGCGCGCCGCGCGCGGGUCUUUGCUCAACUCGCUGGCGGCGCUGCUCGCGGCCUUGCUGCUGGAACGGAUACGGCGGCGGGUCGCGCGGCGCGGCGCGAGCAGCGCCCGGAAGUACGAGCGGCGCCGGCGCCAGCAGCGGCCGCGGCUCCCGCCGGAGCUCUGGGCGCACGUGCUCGGCGACUUCCUGCCCGCCCAGCAGGUCGCCCUCCUCGCGUGCUGCGGCGGCGACGUCGGCGCCGCCUCGGCCUCCGAAGAGACGUGGCGCGUGGUGCACCGUCGGGACGCGGGCGUCGUCGCCGCGUACCCGCUCCCGACGGCCCACGCGGCGCACACCGCCGGCGACAAGCCGGGCGCGCAGUCGUACAAGGAGGCCCACUCGCGCCUCGCGGCGUCCUGGGCCGCGCGCGCGGUGCUCGGCGGCAACGUCGAGGGCGAGAACGUGCUCGUGGCCCUGCGCGGCGCCGUCUACGACCUCACCAGGUUCGCGCCGGACCACCCCGGGUCCACGGACACGCUGCUGGACUUCGCCGGCGCGGGACCCGUGCCGGAAUCCUCGCGCCGUCGCCGCGACGCCGGACGCCGCGCGUCGGCUCGACGGCGCGGAGGCGGACGAAAGGUCUCACGCGGUCGACGUCCGCGCAGGCACGGACGCCUCGGAGACGUUCGAGGCCGUCGGCCACUCGAGCGAGGCCCGGCGGCUCGCCGCGACGCUCCGCGUGGCCGGGACGCUCGGCGGCGCGCUCGCGUCCGUGGUGGCGGAGCUGCGGCGGGAGCGCGCCGCGCUCGCCGCGUCGUCGUCCCACGUCUGCGGCGCCUGCGGGCUCGUCGGCUCGCGGCGCGAGGCCGUCCUCGCGUACGACGCGCGCACGGGCGAGUGGCUGCGCUGGUGGCCCUGCUGCGGCGCGCGGCCCGCCGGCCCGCCGCCGCCGAGGCGACCAUGGCAUAAGCUCAUGUUCUAA